AUGCGUCAUUGGAAGUGGGCGAGUUUUGGCACUUUAUGACAUUUCGGGAUUAGGGGAGGAGGGUUGAAAGAGAGUACAAUUUUUUGAAUUAGAAUUACUGUAUUCCUUUUGUAAGUUUUUGUCAUUUUUGGUUUUGGAAUGAAAGUUUUUGCAAGUUUAUGCCCUGUAAAGAACGUUAUUGUCAUGUUCUGUUUUGUAAAGAAAGUUCUUGUCAUUUCUUAUUUUGUAAAGAAAGUUCUUGCCAUUUCUUAUUUUGUAAAGAAAGUUCUUGCCAUUUCUUAUUUUGUAAAGAAAGUUCUUACAAUUUUUUAUUCUUUAAAGAAAAUUCUUACUAUUUCUUGUUUUUUGAAGAAAGCUUUUGCUAUUUUUUAUUCUGUAAAAAAAGUUUUUGCAGUUUUUUAUUCUGUAAAGACAGUUAUUGCCAUUUUAUGUUUUGUAAAGAAAGUUCUCUUCAUUUUUCAUUCUGUAAAGAAAGUUCUUGCCAUUUUCCGCUUUGUAAACAAAGUUCUUGCCAUGUUCUCUUUUGUAAAAAAAAGUUCUUGCCGUUGUAUGCCUUGUAAACAAAGUUCUCGUCACCUUUUUUCUUGUAAACAAAGUUCUUGCCAUUCUCAAAACUCAUCUUAUGUUAUUUUUUCACUGCAUGUGACCUUAUGGCUAUGCGAUGUUGUUACCUUCGACUAUUGUGCUUAAUGAGUCACCGAUAAUUUGUUUUUUUUUCUUAGAAUCGGGAAUUUGCAUAUUGUAUUUAAGGGUGGUUUUUGGGAUAUGAUUUGCCUGUAAACUAAUUUUUUGGGCAUAUCAAGAAGCUUUCUUAAUUUUUUUGGGCGGGGUAAAUUUUUCUUAAUUUUUUUUGGGGGUGCAUUUUUUUACCAUGCCCGAAAAAGUUUUUUUUGGCGGGUUGUUUUUUGCGUGUUUAUAACGUUUCUUUACCAUACUUCAUAUUAAAAUAUUUAAAAAUCCAAUUUUCAGGUGCCCACCUCCACCCCGACCUCAGAGCUUUAACCUGCCUUCCGCCGAACUGGACGCGCCCACGUUCACCGCCGCCAACGCCGCCGCCGAGCAAGAGCUGGCUGUGAAUCCGGUGUCGCCGAGUUCGGUCCUCACCUCCACCUCCACCACGGCGUCGGAAUCGCCCACCACGCAGUCGUCGCCCGGCUACACGGCCGCGCCGGUUUCUGAUAUCAAGGCCGAAGGCGGGUUUCAGGAGAAAAUUCAUCGACCCACGCCCGUCCACUUCCCCACCCCCACUUUCGAGGGGUUUGGGGCUGAGAAUAUUGCCAAACCCACGCAGUUGGCUGAUUUGCAGGCUCAGCUACAGGUGUUGGCACAGCAGCAACAGAGAGUGAAUCCGAUGGCUACGCAGUUGGGAAUGCUGGGGAAUCCGACCGCCUUGUACAAUAUGAUGCAGGUAGGGUGGGGUAGUUGAUGAGUACUGUAACUAGGAUACGGUAGCCUUAGCUAUAUCUCUAGCUCUAGUUCAAACUCAAAUUUUUCGUCUUACUGUAACUUUCAAAACUCAACGUAAAUUUUUAGUAAUAACUUUGCUUACAACAUAAGUACCUUGACGUACUUUCACGGAAUUACGUACCGUUCCUAAACUCUAUCCCCUCCCACACGACUUUGAUUAAGAAGGUCGAGGGCGGAUAAUACCAUGACAAACCGCGUUACAACAGUAUAAUAAGUCGUAGAGGGCUAAAUCUUUUACAAAUCCUGAAGCUAUGUUUUGAUUUUUUGUUCUUCGGCGGGGUAAAUGAGACAAUGUAAAAACUUUUAAAAAAUGUUUGGGCGGGGUAAAUUUUUUAUUUUUUGGGGGGGGGGGGGAGGCAAAACCAAAAAUUCUAAUUUUUUUAUCAUGGUUUUUAAGCAGUUUUUCAUAAAACAAAAAAAAAUUUUUUGGGCGGGGUAAAAAAAUUUUGGGGGUGGUAAAAAAAUUUUUUUUUGAAUUGGUUUUUUUGAAAUUUUAAAAUUUACGUAAAAUGAAAUUGUAUAGGUAACAUAAUAGUUGAAUUGGUUUAUGUUUCCCUUGACAAGUAAUUUAUCAUACAGGAUGAGGUCAUAUCCUCCAAUGUCACAUGGUCAACGUCAUGUUGAACCUGGGUAUCACAUGAGGUUUGUCUUCAGGAGAUACUUAAGAACAGAAGUGGAGAGGGUUAUAGUAGACUUUGAAAUGAUAAAAUAAACAGGCUUCAAGCGUUUUUAAAAUUUAAAAAAAGUUUUUAAAAAUUCACAGGGGGGACCAAGCUGAAUUUUUUCAAAAAAAAAUUUUAAAAUUGAAUUUUCAAAAAAAUUUUUUUUUCAUUUUUUUAAAUUAUUUCAUUUCAGGCGCUAAGCAACAACCAGCUAAUGCCACAACAAGCCCGCCAACUUGGCCCAAUCCCGGCUUUUGUCCAAAACCGACUGGCUCAGCCGGCUUUGAACUCGCUUUUUCAACAAUUUCAAGGAGCUAAUCAGGUAGGACAAUAUUUUUUUGUAAAAUACAAAGAAUUGUUGCUUUUUAAAGUCAUUUUCAUCAAACAAUUUUGAGAAAAAAUUUUUAUUUUCCUCUCAAAAAAUUUACCCCACCCGAUAGUUUUCGUCUUUUAUUGGCUUCAAAAACGUCUAGGGAACUUUAUAAUGCAAAAACAACCAUUAUAAUUUAUUUCCCUUUCCCACCACUCAAAAAAAAAUUUUUACCCCUCCCAAAAAAUUUUCACUACACCCAAAUUUUUUCACCCCACCUUGUUUCUAUAACCCACCCUAAUCCUCAGAAACACUAAAACACCCCUAUAAACCACGGAAAAGUACAGUAAUCAACUUCCGUAUUACCAUAGUAAUACCAAUAACACCACAAAUAGCACUAAUACCAAAAUACAAUUACUUUGAUUAUCGAAAUUUCAAAAGCAAAAGGUAUUAAAAAAAGAUUAAAUUUAAUCCAUUGUCAUUAGUUACUAUAACCUUUUACUUAUUUUCAUAUGAAAUUUGACGCUUUUGGGCCAAAGUGGCCAUAAAAAGCGCCAAAAACUCAAAUUUUUGGUGGAAAUAGCCUAAAAUUGGUGGGGUUUAGGCAGGUGUUAGGGCAUUUUUUUGAAUUUUUGGUAUUUUUCUUGUUAUAUAAUAAAAAGUAUGAUACUUGGCUUGUCAUACAGUACUGUCACAACUUUUAAAAAUCGAAGAAAAACAGCUUUAAAACCUCAUUUUUGGUCAAAAAGUCCAUAGAAAAACGGAUUUUAGAUGUGAGAUAGGUCAUUAAACAUGAAGAAUGACUUUCUCCAAAGGUUUUUAUAACUAAAAUGUUUGCUUUUAUCAAAAUUUUGAUUUUUUUUGAAUUUAAAAAAAUUUUCCGUUAAAAAAUCAACAGGGGGGACCAAGCUGAUUUUUUUCAAAAAAAAUUAGAUUUUUUUUUAAUUUUAAACUUUUUUACAAAACUUGAAAAGUAUUCAUUUUGAAGUUGACUGUUUUAAUAUUUUAUUGCAUUCUCAUUUUUUAAAUUUCUUCUUUAAAAAUUUGAAAAUUCAAAUUUUUCGAAAAAAAUCAACAGGGGGGACCAAGCUGAUUUUUUUGAAAAUUUUGGGGAAAAUUGUUUUUUUAGCUUUAAAAACAAAAGACCUUACAAAAUUUUUAUGUUAAAACAUUCCCCAGCGCAUGUCCAACAAUUUGUCACAUAAUCUGGCAUAUUCGGCAGAACGGCAAACAUGAAAAACAAGCCAAGAUCGCGAAAUUUUUAACCUUUUGGGGGUGACCUCGGGUUGACCCGAAAUUCGAAAAAAGGCAUUAAUGGUGAAGAGCAAAAGUCGGCUGACCUUUAGGGGGGUUCCUUUUUUCGGAAAUAUUCCAGGGAUGAGAAAGCGAGGGACGCGCGGUUCGUAUUAACCGGCUGCCCAUCCUUCAGGAGGUGGUGACGGCACUGGAUCAAGGGGCCGGUUUUUGUUUUGGGUUGUGUAACUUUGGAGGGUUGGUUUUGGAGGGGAUGGAAUACGGCUUGGGAGGGGUUUUUAGAGAGCAUGGUAAGAAAAAAUGUUGAUUUUUGGUUCUUUAGUAAAGGUAUGGUAGGCUAAGGCUAGGGGUAUAACUAAAGCUAAGACUAACGCUUAGACUAGGGCAUUGAUCAAAAAAAAAAGUUGAGAAGGGCAAGUUAGGACAAAACUAGGGCAAGGCUUUUCUAAAGCGGUGGCUAAGACUAAGAUUGAAGCUGAGGGGCUCAGGCUCAGGCUCAGGCUCAGGCUUAGGCUCAGGCUCAGGCUCAAGCUCAAGCUCAAGCUCAAGCACAAGCACAAACUCAAGCUCAAGCUCAAGCUCAAGCGCAAGCGCAAGCACAAACUCAAGCUCAAGCUCAAGCUCAAGCUCAGGCUCAGGAUCAGGCUCAGACUCAAGCUCAGGCUCAAACUCAGGCUCAGGCUCAGGCUCAAGUUCAAGCUCAAGCUUAG